AUGCGGCCCAAACUUCUCGACCAAGUAAUGGCCCCCCUGCCAGCCGAGCGCGUCCAGCCAAGCCCAACAUUUUAUGUAACUGGUAUUGACUUUUGCGGUCCAUUUUACACGAAAUCGGAAAUAAGGAACCGCGCCGCAGAAAAAUGCUACGUCUCAAUUUUCAUAUGUUUUGCAACGAAGGCAUUUGGAAUUGGUGGAGGACUUAUCGACAUCAUCAUUCCUCGCAGCAUUGAAACGCUUCAAGGGAAACCGCAUUCAAUAUGGACUGACAACGGCACGAACUUUCUGGGUGCUCGGAACGAGCUGAAGGAACUUCGCGAGCUAUUUCUAAGUGAUCCACAGAGAAGCGAGAUUUUCAACAGCUGUACAGCGUUGGGAGUCAAUUGGCAUUUCAUUCCUCCACGUUCCCCACAUUUCGGUGGAUUAUGGGAGGCCGCAGUAAAAUCAGCAAAGUACCAUUUUUACCGCGUCGUUGGAAACUCAACUCUUUCAUUCAACGAGCUUCGAACCCUCAUCUGUCAAAUCUCAGCAAUGUUCAACUCAAGACCUCUUUAUUCUAUUUCAGAAGAUCCUAACGAUUUGGAGAUUCUUACACCUGGCCAUUUUAUCUGGGGCAAGGCGAACGCAACGAUCGACGAGCCUGACUUGACCCACCCAAACGCAGGUCACCUCAGUCGGUGGCAAAAGGUGUGCCAAAUGCAGAAAGCGUUCUGGAGGAAGUGGAACAUAUCCUACUUGUCCCAGCUUCAAAAGCGUGGGAAGUCGAAGACGACUCGGCAAAAUCUCCAACCUGGAACCAUGGUCCUGAUAAAGGAGGACAAUGCACCGCCACUCAAGUGGCCCCUUGGUAGAGUGGACAGCGUCGUCACAGGAGGGGACGGCAUUUCAAGAGUUGUCGUCAUCCGCACCGCAAAGGGACUGGUCAGGAGAGCCAUAGCUCGGAUCGCCGUUCUGCCAAUCGAAACCAAAUCGCUUGAAAGCCAUCAUCUUCCAACGGGGGGAGCAUGUUCGCAGCAGAACGCCUAA